AUGACCAAGAAGAAGCGCAACGUCGUGAAGAAGAAGCGCCAUGCGCAUUCUCGAAAGCGCGGCGGCAUCGAGGCCAAGGCGGCCGCUCAGCCCGCGCGCCCAGCCAAGACAGACGCGCAAGCAGCUGACGCUGGCUCGCAUCAGGGUCUCCGGAAAGUGCACGUCCUCAAACUGAAGGCCCGGGCGUCUCGCGCCGCCCAGAAGCCGCUGGUUCCCGACCCCGUCACCGGUGAACUCAUCAAGGCUAUCGCGAGCUUCGACAUCAAGGCCGCCAUGUCGGGCUCCGUGGAAUUCGAGCGAUGGCUCGAGCCCACCUACAUCCUGGCGAUGCUCCGCCCGCUCACAGAGUUGAGCGACGAGGAGCGCGAGAAAGCCGAGCUAUGCAGGCAUCACCCUGGGUUCCGGGAAAGGGACGUGCAGGCGACGUUUCCAAUCAGUACGCGCUUCUACCACAUGGCAUCCAUCAUGGUGGACCGGGUCUACGACACCGCGGUGAGGCGCACGUGCCCUCCCGGCAUGCUGGGGCGCUGUCACGACGCGCUGCUGACCCUGGCACAAGUGGCGGACUUCUUCGCCGACCCUUGCGGAGUUUUUUGGGACCGGCUGCGCGACCGGCUGCCGCUGCGUCUGGCGCGGGAUCUCGGACACAUCACUCACGAGUCGUUCUUCGCGCGAGUCUGCUUCGUGUGGCGCUGCGUGCUGCGGUUGGCCGCCGCGCACGCCAGGAGCGGCCUCGCGGGCCUCUCGGAGGACUGGUUCGUGCUGGGCGGCAGUACAGGAGCGUCGCCGCUCGACCAAAUGAUUGCAGACGCCGCGCCGCGAUUCGAUCUACUGAACGAGGUACCAAGCGACGUGGAGGCGGAGUGCGGCGACGACGCUGCUGGGCCGGCGAUCGAUGCGCUGAGCAAGUUCAUGAAGGACCGUCAUCGGCGGUGGGGGACGUCGCGUGUGUCCUGGCACGACCACUGGAAACGCGUCAAAGGCGGCCUCAGCCCCGUGCUUGAUUUCAACAGCGUCCACGAUGUAGGGCAGCCAGUGCCGCCCAAGCUGAUCCCGGACGAGAAGCAGCAGGAGGGCGCUCGAAAGCUCGCAGCCGCGGUGGCGAGCAAGCGGUGGAAGAAGGCCACGCGGCGCGUCAUGUUUCAGCCGCCGCGCCCUCUGGAAUGGCACGUUCAGAAGCCCAGGCGCAACCCGCACGUGCUCGCGCUGGGCAUACUCGAGCAGCAAAGGAACGAUGCCACUGUUCGAGACUUCCCCUCCGACCGGAUUCUCGAAGCCACCGAGAGCGCGGCGCACGAGUGGGGAGAGCUCGAUGAUUAUACGUCGACGGUCGCGAUGUCGUGCGCACUGGACGAGUUCGAAUACAUGGUCGAUCAGCUCGAGGUACUGGCGGGCUCCUCCUUCGCGGUGCGCCUCUGCGACAUUUACGACUACGCGGAGACCGUUCUGCGCACACAUUGGCUGCGUGAGAUUCGUGGGGGGCAGGGGACGCUCUACGUCGACGAUGGCGUCCAGUUUGAACCCGCACAAGACACGAAGAGCGUCGUCGCGCGGUCGAACGAGGUCGCUCCCGCCGGGGCGUCGCGGCGGGAUCGACGUGCGGCUCGCAGGACUGCGCAAAAGCAGCAGGAACGCGAGGCGCGACGGGCGAAGCAGCAGAUCGAGAAACGGUCGCGGAACGGCGUCGCCGCGGAGCACGGAGCUCCACCUUGGGCGGGCGAGGGCUCGGUCGAGCGGGAGAGCACGCCGCCGGUCAAGCGCGAGGCUACGCUGCCGUUGGACAUGUCCGCGAGCGACGAGGUAGCGGAGGCGAUCAGGCAGUUCCUGGUGGCGACGUACGGGUUCCCCAUGUGUCGAUAG